AUGGCACGCAAGGCACCACGGAGAACCGUCAUUUACGGUACACUCCUGCUGUUUUUGUUGGUGGUAGUGUUCAUUGGUCAUUACUACUACCUAGACGUUGAUAUGGUAUUCCAAUCGAGUGAGUCCCACUCCAAUAUACCAUUUUCCAAAAACACCAGCAGCAUGAAUACUGAUAGUCCAGACGCCACAAUGAUGAAUGAGUCUCUGCGCUACAUCCCACACAGCACACUGCAGACAUGGAGGGAGCGUGACUACCUCAUUGUGUUUGGCAUCCCAUCCAUUGACAUUGAUUCGAGGCGGAGACGCCGUGAUCUGCAGCGGACCACGUGCUGGCAGUUCCCCGGUGUUGCACGGAGGGCGAAUAACUUCACU